CGGCUCUUCUCGGCGGCGGCCGCGCCCGCCCCGCCGCGCUGUUCCCCGCGCGCGCCCCCGCCCGCCGCGGGCUGUUCCCCUCUCGCGCCCCCUCCCCCCGCCGCAGAGCUCCGGACCCAAGAUGGCCGCCGUGUCAGUUUCGGGCUUCGCCGCCGUCCGGCCUUUGCCUCUCGGUUCCCGUCUCUCGCAGGCCUCGGCCUGAUGUUACAGCUCUUCUGAUUGUGAGCGUGCAGACCAGAAUUUGAGUCCAAGAACAAAUAAUGUUUGAGAAAGGAGGAGUAAUUCAGAACAGAAAACGUGUAUGCUAUGGUUAGCUGGUUCCCAUCAUUCGAGAAUCUGUUUUCUCAUCGUGUGAAACUUGUUCAACAUCGGGAUAAAGGAUAACGACUCUAUGGAUAUACAGAAUUCUUCACCAUGGUAAAACUCGCAAACCCGCUGUACACAGAGUGGAUUUUGGAGGCAAUCAAAAAGGUAAAGAAGCAAAAACAGCGUCCUUCAGAGGAGAGGAUAUGCAAUGCGGUGUCGUCUUCGCACGGUUUGGACCGCAAAACUGUUCUGGAACAGUUAGAGUUGAGUGUUAAAGAUGGAACUAUUUUAAAAGUCUCCAACAAGGGUCUCAACUCCUACAAGGAUCCUGAUAAUCCUGGGAGAAUAGCACUUCCGAAGCCUCGGAACCAUGGCAAGUUGGAUGGUAAACCAAACGUGGACUGGAAUAAACUUAUCAAACGGGCAAUUGAGGGCUUGGCUGAGUCUAGUGGCUCAUCCUUGAAGAAUAUCGAGCGCUUUCUGAAAGGUCAGAAAGAUGUGUCUUCGUUAUUUGGAGGUAGCGCUGCCUCCAUUUUUCACCAGCAAUUACGAUUAGCUGUCAAACGUGCUGUUGGCCAUGGUAGGCUCCUUAAAGAUGGACCUCUGUACCAGCUCAACACUAAAGCAACCACUAAUGCUGACGGGAAGGAGAGUUUUGAGUCUCUUUCCUGUCUCCCUCCAGUGUGUCUCCUUCCCCAUGAGAAGGAUAAGCCGGUUGCUGAACCAAUUCCGAUCUGCAGUUUCUGCCUUGGUACAAAAGAGCAAAAUCGGGAGAAGAAACCUGAAGAGCUCAUCUCUUGUGCUGACUGUGGCAACAGUGGUCAUCCGUCCUGUUUGAAGUUCUCUCCGGAGUUGACAGUUCGAGUGAAAGCCUUGCGAUGGCAGUGUAUUGAGUGCAAAACAUGCAGUUCCUGUCGAGAUCAGGGCAAAAAUGCUGAUAACAUGCUAUUUUGUGACUCAUGUGACCGUGGCUUUCACAUGGAGUGCUGUGACCCCCCUCUUACUAGGAUGCCAAAAGGUAUGUGGAUAUGUCAAAUAUGUCGGCCACGGAAGAAAGGAAGAAAACUUUUACACAAGAAGGCAGCACAGAUAAAACGACGCUAUGCUAACCCAAUAGGACGUCCUAAAAACAGGUUAAAGAAUCAAAAUACAACAUCAAAAGGCCCUUUCAGCAAAGUUCGAACUGGCCCUGGUCGGGGUCGAAAGCGUAAGAUUGCUCUGUCCAGCCAGUCAGUGUCAUCAGAAGGAGGAUACCUGGAGCAAACAGAUGUCUUGGACUUCUGCAGAGAUGGCAGCACCACCUUGAAAUUUAACAAGAAAACCAAAGGGCUUAUAGAUGGCCUUACUAAAUUCUUCACUCCCUCCCCUGAUGGACGAAAAGCUCGAGGGGAAGUGGUAGACUAUUCUCAGCAGUAUAGGAUCAGGAAAAAGGGUACCAGGAAAUCUAGCACUUCAGAAUGGCCCACAGACAAUCAGGAUGGCUGGGAUGGAAAACAGGAGAAUGAGGAGCGUUUUUUUGGGAGCCAAGAUGUCUUAACUGAAAAAGACAUGGAGUUGUUUAGAGAUAUUCAGGAACAAGCACUGCAGAAAGUAGGGGUGACUGGGCCUCCUGAUCCACAAGUCCGAUGCCCAUCUGUCAUUGAAUUUGGCAAGUAUGAAAUCCAGACCUGGUACUCCUCCCCAUAUCCACAGGAAUACUCAAGGCUACCCAAGUUGUACCUUUGUGAAUUCUGUCUAAAGUAUAUGAAAAGUAGAACUAUUCUCCAGCAGCAUAUGAAAAAAUGUGGCUGGUUUCAUCCUCCAGCCAAUGAAAUUUAUAGAAAAAAUAAUAUUUCAGUCUUUGAGGUUGAUGGCAAUGUCAGCACUAUCUACUGCCAGAAUUUGUGCUUGUUAGCCAAACUCUUCCUGGACCAUAAGACUCUCUAUUACGAUGUGGAGCCAUUUCUUUUCUACGUGCUGACACAGAAUGAUGUCAAGGGCUGUCACCUUGUUGGCUACUUUUCCAAGGAGAAACACUGCCAACAGAAGUACAAUGUUUCCUGUAUAAUGAUUCUUCCACAAUACCAGCGUAAGGGCUAUGGCAGGUUCCUAAUUGACUUCAGUUAUUUGCUUUCAAAGCGUGAGGGUCAAGCAGGAUCACCAGAGAAGCCCUUGUCAGACCUGGGGCGCCUCUCAUAUAUGGCUUAUUGGAAAAGUGUAAUAUUGGAGUGCCUUUAUCAUCAACGUGACAAGCAAUUAAGCAUCAAGAAAUUGAGUAAGCUGACUGGAAUCUGCCCUCAAGAUAUCACUUCCACUCUACAUCACCUACGAAUGCUUGACUUCCGUAGUGAUCAAUUUGUGAUCAUUCGUCGGGAGAAACUUAUCCAGGAACAUAUGGCAAAGCUUAGAACUAAUGUCCGACCUAUAGACGUGGAUGCAGAAUGUCUGCGUUGGACACCUGUUAUAGUUUCCAACUCAGUUGUGUCUGAAGAUGAAGAAGAGGAGACAGAGGAUGGGGAAAACGAAGAGCAACAAGAGCCGAAAGAAAAGGAUCCAGAGACCAGCAUGGUAAAAUCUGUGUCAUGGGAGAAGAAAGAGCAAGAGCCUUACUCGCCUACAGAGAGUGAAAAAAAGCCAGACAUUGUUGCUCCAGCCAAUUCUGCACGGCCAAACAAACACAUUUUUCCCCUGGAUAGUCUUCCUGCAAACAGUCAGCCAUCACGAAGAGGUCGGUGGAACCGCAAGGGCAAAAAACUUCGGGAACCCUUUUGUGAGAAGGAGGCAAUGUUGCCCAUUGAGGACAAAACAGCGGUUCCCAGUGGGCGAUGCAGUGAAUGUGAGGAGAAGUCGUCAGCCUCACGAGGCCGGUGCAGUGACUGUGAGGAGAAGUCGGCAGCCUUGCAAGGAAGAUGUGGUGAAUGUGAGGAGAAGUCACCAGCCCCAAGAGGCCGGUAUGAUGAAGAUGAGGAAAAAUCUGCAGUUUGCCAGGGACAGUACGGCAAAGGUGACAAAUCUGCGAUUCCCCGUCGGCGGUACAGUGAAGGUAUGGAAAGGUGGAGAGGGCAGUUGAAGAAGACCACGGAGCCAUUGAAGUGCAGAUUCCCAGAGGACUGCGACAGAUUACCCCGCCGCUACAGUGAUAGCGACAGGGCACUUCUGAGGUGUUUUAGUGAGAGUAGUGAAGAGGAAGAUGAUGAGCCUGUCAGUCCUCGAUCAAGCUCUCCCCCUGUUCUCACCAAGCCAACAUUAAAACGAAAGAAACCAAUUCUUCAUCGGAAGAGGCGAGUCCGCAAGCGUAAGCACCACAACAGCAGCGUUGUCACUGAAACAAUCUCAGAGACCACGGAAGUGCUGGAUGAACCGUUUGAGGACUCAGACUCUGAACGACCAAUGCCCCGAUUAGAGCCUACAUUUGAGAUUGAGGAGGAGGAAGAGGAGGAGGAGGACGAAGAGGAGGAGAACGAACUUUUGCCCAGUGGAUACUUUCGACACUUAGCCCCACCAGACACACUCAGGCAUAGACCCUCUUCUAAGAGGAAGUCCAAAGAUGAGGAGGAGUCUGAUGACACUAAUGGUAACCCAACUUUGAAACCAUUAUCUAUGCUGAGAAAAUGUGAAGCCAAGGAUUCUUCACUUGAGCCGGAUACUUCUACACCCAUGAAAAAGAAGAAGGGAUGGCCAAAAGGGAAAAGCCGAAAACCAGUCCACUGGAAGAAAAGACCUGGUCGAAAACCAGGUUUUAAACUGAACCGGGAAAAGGUGCCACCAUCAGUUCAAGAUGAAGAAGUUGAGGCAGUGGUAGCUAAUUCAAAACCAGGGCGUAAGCCCAAAAUUUCAGAUAAAGAAGAAAGCGUUGAGCAGAAAGAAGAGCUGCCUCUUAGUGAGGAAAGGAAAGAGGAAGAUGUGAAUAUGGAAGCAGAAGAGGUAGGAGAAGGAGAAGAGGAAGAUACAGCCAGCAGUGAAGUAAGAGCAGUUUCUCCUGUGGACAGCAACAGUAGUCCAGUGCCAGAAGUAAAAGAGCCUGAGAUCGAAGAGGAGGUAGAGGAGAAGCCACGGGUUUUAGAAGAGCAAAGGCAAUCAGAAGAAGAACAGCAAGAACUAGAUGAACCUGAGCAUGACCACGAGGAAGAAGAGGAAGUUGCAGUAGUGACAAAUCAAAAUGAAGAUCAUGAUGCUGAUGAUGAAGAUGACGGUCAUUUGGAGUCUGUGAAGAAAAAAGAAUUGGAGGAACAGCCUGUUAGAGAAGGGGUGAAGGAGGAACCUCAGGUGCAAGAAUGUUUUUUAGAAACAAGCAUACCAAGCAGUAGAGAAGAUGCAAAAGAAAAAGAUGAAGCAGAGGCAGAUUCUGAGGAAGAGCAGGCUUCCAAUGAGACAUCGGUGGGCUCAGAGCACGUCCCUGGGUCUGAAGAUGAUCACGAAGAAGAGCAAAGUAAUAAAGAAGGGUUAAUUGAAUUAAAGGAAGAGGAGGAGAUUCCUCAUAGUGAACUAGAUCUUGAAACUGUUCAAGCAGUCCAGUCCUUGACACAGGAGGAAAGCAAUGAGCAUGAUGUAGCUUACCAGGACUGUGAAGAAACUCUUGCAGCUUGUCAGACUUUGCAGAGUUACACCCAGACUGAGGAGGAUCCUCAGAUAUCAAUGGUUGAAGAUUGCCAGGCCUCAGAACACAACAGUCCAAUAUCCUCUGUUCAGUCCCACCCCAGCCAGUCUGUACGUUCUGUCAGCAGCCCAAAUGUGCCUGCUCUGGAGAGCAGUUACACCCAGAUAAGUCCUGAACAAGGAUCCCUGUCCGCACCCUCUAUGCAGAACAUGGAGACCAGCCCCAUGAUGGAUGUGCCUUCAGUAUCGGACCACUCUCAGCAGGUGGUGGAUAGUGGCUUCAGUGACCUUGGCAGCAUUGAGAGCACUACAGAGAAUUACGAAAACCCCAGCAGCUAUGACUCCACUAUGGGAGGCAGCAUUUGUGGAAAUAACUCUUCCCAGAGCAGCUGUUCAUACGGAGGACUGUCCUCUUCCAGCAGCCUCACUCAGAACAGUUGUGUUGUCACGCAGCAAAUGGCAAACAUUGGCAGCAGUUGCAGCAUGAUGCAGCAGAACACGGUGCAGCCUGCAGCAAACUGCAAUAUCAAGUCACCUCAGAGCUGUGUCGUAGAAAGGCCUCCGAGCAACCAGCAACCAACCACGCAGCCGCCGCAGCAGCAACCGCAGCCGCCGCAGCCGCAGCCCCCACCGCCGCCGCAGCAGCAGCCUCCGCUGUCGCAGUGUAGCAUGAACAACAGCUUCACCCCGGCACCCAUGAUCAUGGAAAUACCCGAAUCGGGAAGCACUGGUAACAUAAGCAUCUACGAGAGGAUUCCGGGGGAUUUUGGUGCUGGGAGCUAUUCACAACCGUCAGCCACGUUCAGUUUAGCCAAGUUGCAGCAGCUGACAAACACCAUUAUGGACCCUCAUGCCAUGCCUUAUAGCCAUUCUCCUGCUGUGACUUCCUAUGCAACCAGCGUCUCUCUGUCCAACACGGGACUGGCUCAGCUCGCUCCCUCUCACCCACUGGCAGGCACACCACAAGCACAAGCCACCAUGACACCCCCUCCAAACCUGGCGUCCACCACCAUGAACCUCACGUCACCUCUGCUUCAGUGUAAUAUGUCUGCUACCAAUAUCGGCAUUCCGCACACGCAGAGGCUGCAGGGGCAGAUGCCGGUCAAGGGGCACAUCUCCAUUCGCUCCAAGUCGGCACCGCUGCCCUCGGCAACCGCACACCAGCAGCAGCUCUACGGCCGCAGCCCGCCCGCGGUGGCCAUGCAGGCCGGUCCUCGUACCUUGGCUGUUCAGCGGGGCAUGAACAUGGGAGUCAACCUGAUGCCAACCGCCCCUUACAACGUUAACUCCAUGAAUAUGAACACCCUGAACGCCAUGAACAGCUACAGAAUGACGCAGCCUAUGAUGAACAGCAGUUACCAUAGUAACCCUGCCUACAUGAACCAGACAGCACAGUAUCCUAUGCAGAUGCAGAUGGGAAUGAUGGGGAGCCAGGCCUACACCCAGCAGCCUAUGCAGCCAAAUCCUCACGGAAACAUGAUGUACACGGGCCCCUCCCAUCACAGCUACAUGAACGCUGCUGGGGUGCCCAAGCAGUCUCUCAAUGGACCCUACAUGAGAAGAUGAGCGAGACGAACUUGCAUCCUAAAAACUGAAAUAUAUAUAAAUAAAGGAACCUUUUAUACUGACGAACCAGAGAAAAUGGACCUUUUUCCAGUUAAAAUAUUGCUGUAGAUUUAGAGGAAUUUUCUUUGGUUUAUUUUAUUUUUUAGGAAGCCUGGUCUUUAUUUUUUGGAUUUUUUUUUUUGUUUUGCGUUUUUGUUUUCUUCACAAUCCUGAAACAUUUUACAGCUAAAAUCAUUUACAGAUGUUUUUUAGACGGGAAAACAUGCACAAAAUCUUUUCAUAAUUUAAGAAGAGCCUUACUUUGCUGACAAUGUGGACAGAAUAUGUGUAACAGUGAAAUCAUCUUUCUAAAUAUUUUUUUUUCAAAUGUAUGUCCUUCUCCCUCCCCUGUGCCCCUCUGUACGCAGUUUCUAGUGCUGCAGUCAUGUAAAAUGUUUGACAUCUCAAAGAAUAACAACCCUUCCCUCUAAACCCCACCUAGCAUUUCCUACUUCUAGCAGGAGGCACUUACUGGGAGACUUGGAAGGGGACACAGAGGAUAAAUGAAGCUCUUUAUUUCUGCAAGUCAGGAAAAAUUUUAAUCUUCAAUUUUCCCUGACUCCCUCGCCCUCAGUAAAAUUUGGAGUUACGUGUAAACAAUAAACUAUUCACAUUGGUGUUUUUGUAGACGAGUUAAUUGAAAUUGUAUGGUUCAUGCUGAAAAUACCAUGUAACUUUAAAAUGAUCCCAUUCACCACCCAGACGUGCACGUGCGCACACAUGUGCGCGCAUGCACACGUGUUCUGUCACUGAACUACUGGAAGCAUUUCGAGAGAGAACUGUGUGUGUCCCGUAUGCAGUCAGGAGGAGGACAGGGUGGUUAAUGGCCUGUUAGGACAAGAAAAUGGUUGCAGGCUCUUCUGGUGAACUCCGAGAUCCCAAACUCCACUUUAGUUUGUACUUCGAAAUGCUGAGGGUCUUGGUUCUGAGCCUUUGAGUCGGGCUGAGCUCAAAAGCUGCUGUUUCCAGUGGUCUGCCUCGUAACCUCUUCGCUUGGGUAAUCUUGGAAGACACAGUGUACGUUUCAGGUGAUGUGACGGGAGCCCCGUGGUGUCCUUGUCACUCUUCCAUUCCUGGUAUGAGGUAGGAAGUUGCUGGAUGUGCCGCGCUCCGGGGGAGUCAGUGAUGUUUUCCCUGAUUCUCCCACUGUGUUUGAGACCCGCUUUAUAGGAAUAGCCACACUUUUGAUCUAGUGUGGGAAAGAAGGGAGUUGGCCUGUUUUACAGGAGUGAAACAGUCCAGGCACCGUCGUAGGAUGCAGGCGGCAAGAUUUUGCUGUUUAUUACCACAUAAUCCAAUUUACACUCUUCUUGGCUACACUGCUGGCAUGUCACCCAAUACAAAAAGGGACACCCUUUAAUGUAAAGUUCUUUUUCUAUUGUAUAUGAAGUAGAAAUACAGGCACAUUAAUAAGACUAAUUUCUUUUGUUUUUAAACCAAAAGAGUCUAAAAGAAAGUUGGGGUUUCUUCAGAUGCACUAAAAUGGACUUUCCUCCAAUAACUGCUAACUGUAAAAGGCAGAAUUCAAAGGACUUCCACUUUUUAUUUCUGUUUCGUUUUGAGCAUGUACAAGGCUGUGUAGGACCCCAUUUCUCUGUAUAUACUAUUGCAGUUUCAAAUACCCGUGUAGAAAGCGCACUGUGCUGCCCUCUCCUUCCUAGAUCUUCAGCUGUGUCACUGCUUCCUGAUUGCUGGGGGGGGUUAGGGGGUGGGGGGGGUCUGAGACAGGAGGAGAAGCUGUUGAAACGAGGGCCGUGAAUUUAGUUUGUUUGCCGUUACGUUUGGUUUGGGUUUGUAUGUUUUUUUUAUCAAUUGGGCAGCUCCCUUUUCCACAAGCCUUUGUGACUGUAGAACUAUUGUAGAAAAAAAAAAAUGUUCUUUUCUAUAUAUAAAAAGAAAUUAUCCAACGCAGUAAUAUUGGUACCUACCAUUUUUUCACUUCUGUUUAAAAAAAAAAAAAAAAUAUGUAUUUUUAGCAAGAUAACUUGGGUAAUCUUCUAAAAGAAAUUAAAAAAAAAUCUCACUGUUAGUGACUUUGAUGCCUUUUAAAAAUAAGAGCUUUUUCAUUUCAUUCCAUCUUUAAAGUUUUUUAUCUUUGUUGUAGAAUAUUAAAAACUAUUUUAAGAAAGAUAAAAAUUCUCUUUAAAGAGAUCUCUAGAGUGUGUGAAUAGGAGCUCCAGAUGCCUCUAAAAGCCGCAUGUACAAAUGAAGCUGAGUCUAUUCCUGUCUGUUUAUAUUUGCUUUUCCUGUUUUGUAACCUCUUUGUACUUUGUUCAUGGUGACUUGUAAGCUAAGGGGAAGGGGUGCCUAGAUGCCUUUGUAAUUCUCCAUGUCAUACGCUCCUGGCUGGAUGGUCUCCCUUCCUCUCCUUGUAUGUAAUAUCACUUUUUUUUCCCCUUUCUAGCAAGUACUUUCAAAAGAACUCUGUACAUUUUAACAUAAAAAAUAAAUUAUGUUGAGCCAUUUUGGA